UAUUACUGUAAUUGCGGAAAGCUUCAACCAUCGCAUCCAAUUCUCCUCGUCCUUCACACAAGCCCACAAGCCACGAUUGCGAUUGAGAGGCUUGUGGUGCAGUAGUAGACCGCUGGGAACACAGCGCUACAUCGCGGCUCGUGCGAUCUCCCCUGUCGUAUCUCUCUUCAUGUUUUCCGCGCCUCAUUCUGCCAGCAGCGUCGAGAAUUCGGGUAUCGAGGAACCCCUGCUUCAACGCGCCGUCGCGGCAACAUCGCCGGCGGAUGCGGGCGGAUCAGUAAACGGCGAGGUGACGUUAUCCGUCAACGAUUCGUCCGCGGGACUGAAUCCGUCAUCUUCGUCUUUCUCGGACGGUCAUCUCCGUCCCGAUCCGGACCAGCCGUCUCACGCGAAGUUCUCCGUCCGCCAUCUGACCGUCCGAUCUCCGAAAGGCGACGGAUCUCGUCCGCUCCUGUCUGACGUCAGCCUCGAAGUUCCACCUGGCGAAAUCACCGCUCUUGUCGGGCCUAGCGGCAGCGGCAAGACCACCCUUUUACGCACUCUUAAUCGCCUCACCGAGCCGCCUUCUAACUCCGUGUUCCUCGAUAACACCGACAUAACUUCGUCGAAGCUUCCCGUAACCUCCCUCCGGCGCCGCGUUGGCAUGCUCUUCCAGACCCCGAGCCUCUUCGACGGCACUGUUGCCGACAACAUCAGGUUCGGACCGAACCUCGAGGGUCGGCAGAUCCCGGACGAGAAGAUCCACGAGUUACUUAAUCUCUCCGGGAUCGAGCAGUCAUUCGCGGAGCGCGAUUCGCGGAGCUUAUCCGGGGGACAGGCGCAGCGCGUGGCGCUGGCGCGCGCUCUAGCGAACGAGCCCGAGGUGCUGCUAUUGGACGAGCCGACGAGCGCGUUGGACCCCGCGGCGACUCUUAAAGUGGAGCAGGCCGUGCAGGCGCUGUGCCGCGGGCAAGGCUUGACGGUGGUGUGGGUCAGCCACAGCGCGGAACAGGUGCUCCGCGUCUCGCACUCCCUCGUUCUGCUGCACAACGGCGCAGUAGCCGACUCUCUCCCCACCUCCCUGCUCCUCUCACCAGACCCUGCUCUCCGUGCCGCCCACCACCUCGCUCACGAGUUCCUGGGCGGCUUGCUGGAGGGCAGUGCCGACCGGGAGUAACAAACCCGAGAAAGUGGGGCCACGCAGUGGGACUCACAGACCGUUACAGAAUUCACCAAGUCCUCUCAAGUCGUUAAUUACCCAGCAAUCAUGGCUCUUCUCUCCUCCCUUCUCGCAUCGUCCUCCGCCUUUCUCCUCCAUGCCGCCGUCUCCUUUUGGGAGGAUGACGUGGCGGCGUUCCUGGCGGGGAUGGGCCGCACUCUUGCAGCCACAGCGCUAGUGGCAGCAGCCAUGCUGCUAUCCCACAUCAACUCCCUCGGCCUUGAAACCGACAUGCUCCUCUCCUCCCUCAGGGCCUUCUUUCAGCUCUGCGCCAUCGGCUUUGUCCUCAAUUUUGUCUUCUCCAUUACAGGGAUAGUCUCGCUGCCCCUCAUUUUCCUCACCUUCUGCUUCAUGGUUACAGUCGCCGGGGUUACUGCAGCAUCGCGUGCGUCGCUCGCGUCUCUGCGCCUCGUCACAUGUGCCUCCAUCUUCAUCUCCUGCUCGCUCUCCCUAGUCGCCCUCCUGCUGCUUCGGAUAUUCCCUGCCACUCCCCGCUUCCUUAUACCAGUAUCCGGUAUGCUUAUAGGGAACGCUAUGACGGCCACAGGGGUCGCACUGCGCAGGUUGCGAGAAGAUCUUAAGUCAAGUGCGGCGCAGGUGGAGGCUGCAUUGGCCCUGGGAGCAAAUCCCAUGCAGGCUGCAGCAACACUGAGGAGAAGGGCGCUAGUGGUUGCUCUAGCCCCACUGCUUGACUCUACCAAGACUGUGGGUCUGAUCUCCCUGCCUGGAGCCAUGACAGGGCUUAUUAUGGGUGGAGCAUCCCCGUUUGAGGCAACUCAUUUGCAGAUUAUUGUCAUGUACAUGCUCAUGGCAGCGGCGACUGGGAGCAGUGUGCUUGCAGUGUCCUUUGCAUGGGGACACUUUUUCACACCAGCAUUUCAACUCCGAAUGGCAUCUUUGGUUUAAGCCAACAUUUGUUUGUUUGUAAUGACGUGAAUACGUGUGUGAGAAGACCUUGUUUCAUUAUGUAAAUUUGAAGUGUUCCACUUUUACUAUUGA